UGACAGUCAAAGUGUAAAAGGUAUUUUAGAAAAUAAUCAAAAAGAUACAUUAGCAGUUUUUCACUUACUUCCAACAUCAACUCUGGUGCCGCUACCAAAAGUGUACCACAGUGAUACAAUCCUUAUUAGGUCCCAUACAAAAACUCCCAGCGAUGUGAUGCAACAGCUGUGAAUAUCAAAAAUACUGAAUCACAUCUAAAACACCAAAAAACAUCCACAAAGAACAGAAAUACUGCUUGCAGAAAACACACAUAUACAGUAUAUAGAUUUUCAUUUUGUAUAUUUUAUCAUUACGUAUUUAUGUAGCAUGUAACCGCAUUUAAAGAUUGUAUCCAGUGUUGGCGUUCCUCAAUAUUGUUCAUCAGGACAUGUUGAUUCUGAUCCAUGUGGUACAGUACUGUCACAAACACCUAUAUUUAAGAUGGUGAUUUCAGAUUUAACAGCGUUGGAAAACUCACAGAAAAAAAUACCAGAGGAAUCGUACCUGUUAUAGUGCACAAGUGUUCUCUAAAAUAUACAUGUUGAUUUGAAGAACUUAGAAGAGAGUUCAAGCACCAGUGAACCGGUUAAUUAAUAAUUAUUCAAAAUACAAUAGUGAGACAUUUUUGUAAGAGUUGUGUGUUUUUCCACCCCGAAAUGUCUCACUCUUAAAAACCAUAUAUUUCAAACAAAUCUGAAUGGAAAUGAACAACUUUUGAUUAAUUGUAUUUCUGAGAAACAAAGGAGAGUCUUACAUGCAGUCUAAUGUUUUAUGCUUUGGAGUAAGGGAGUCAUCACUGUGGGGGCUAAUAGAUGUCUAUAAAGCUAGAUUGUGUAAGAUGUUGAGUAAGAGCAAUAAUUCCCAAAAUACUACACCAUUAAGGUUUUGGCCAUUAUGCAAAUGUGUGAACAGUAUUACUGGAAUAUUUUGUUGUGUUUUUCAAUAGAAGAACUACACUGUUUUUCCCCGUGUACGUUUUUAUUAAAUUCACAUCCCGUACAGUAGGUGGCGAAGUACACAUACAUGAGUGUGAUCAACGCUAUACCAGAGAAGGGGGGAAAAAACACUUUUAUUUUGAAGCUCCGGGUUUUUCUCGUUACUGUGUGAAACCUUUAUGGUGCAAUACCAAAUUGUUAGUUGUCUAGCAACCUGUUUGCAGGAACAUUCAGCAAAUCAUGAAUAUGGGUCAUAAAAUACUACAUUUAAAUGAUCUAGCAGUUAGCUAAAAUUAACGUUACCAACCAUCCUGUUUAGACUUUAUUAAGACACCCCGUGCUCAAGUCUGUACAGUUGCUAUCUAGCUAACCCACGUAGCGUAUCAUUGAGGUACAUUUAGUGUAGCUGUGGUAGUUUUUAUCGCUAUCAAAAUGGAUUCGAAUACGGAAGGUGUCAGUCUCCCUCUAUCUUUCUUACGUCUCCUGGUACCACCAAUACGCUUGAUGUCAGCAUUCAUGUGGCAAGUAGCUCAACAGCGUGAUGUGAUGCAGUAUGGGAAGCUGGUGGAGUUUGUGACUUUGGUGACAGAGAUGGUUCCAGAGCUACUGCACUACAGACAGAGGGCCCAACUCAUCCUGGGACUGAAUGCCAGGUUUGUUCUUGAGUUGUGUUGUGGUACAGAGAACGAAGUUCUCCGCCAAACCAUCCAACCCCACUUGGACAGAAUCCAGUCUUGUACACUAGAGUCAAAACUCAUUGAGGACAAAUACAACGAAGUGGAGGCAUCAAAGUCUAACUUUGUGAAGCUGGUCCAGACACUGCUUGAAGAUGCAACAAAGAAGAAGUACUUUUUUCAGGAGGUGUUCCCAGUACAGUACGGCAGUAAGUAUGACACAUCGUUGCAAAUACUGGUUUGGGAGUUUUUUUCUAGACUGGAGGAGCUACUGCCGGUGCCCAGCUUCACACAGACAUCAUCUUGUCUCUGCCUUGCCCCUUCUGACCUAUGUGAGUUCUGGGAUUCUGUCUCUGACCUUGAGCACCUGAAGAUACUCCUGCAGCAUCAAAGACACAAAGGACUCCUGAACAGAGAUAAUUUCUUCUACAACUCUGACACCAUCCUGUCUUCUAUGACCUUCACUUUCUCAGUAAACUUCGAGGAUCAAAAAUGUCACAAUAAUAGGGAGAAAGAACAGACGGAUGGAAAUGUAAUAAAUCAGAAGGAAAUAAAUUACAGUGAAAGCAAUGAUGCAGAUGAGAUCCUUUAUGCGGAAAGAUUUGAGGAGGCUGGUGGAACCAUUUCUGCACAGCAGACACCAGGGCCAUCACAAGAGACUUGUCCAGUGGUUGUUAAUGAAAAAGCUAUUGAAAUGCCCACCCUUGUCUACUCUCAGUCCCCAUUCUCCCUCCAGAUAGGGAUGAAUAAUCACCAGCACUUCAGGAAGGAACAUCUGACAGAGGAGGACAACAGGAGACAGUUAUUAGAAGGAGCCAAUAAUUCACUGCCAUCAAUUGAAACAGUAAAGAGUUCCUUAGCCAAAGCCACCAAGAAGUAUGUCUGCUUUAAAUGUGGGAAGGGUUUUAGAAGCCCAUCGGACCUGAAACGACAUCAAGGUGUUCACACAGGCAUGCGGCCGUUUCAUUGCAACCAGUGUGAGAAAAGAUUCAAAUCAAAGGGUAGUCUAAAACAGCACCAACGAGUUCACACAGGAGAAAGGCCAUAUGUUUGCUCACUUUGUGGCUGUGGGUUUAGGACAUCGGACAUCUUAAAAUCACAUGUGCGCAUUCAUACUGGGGAACGCCCUUAUGUGUGUACAGUAUGUGGGAAGAGAUUCAUUCAGCAGCCACUAUUAACAAGACACUUCAGGAUGCAUACUGGAGAAAGACCUUACUUGUGUAGCAUAUGUGGAAAAACCUUCCCGUGUUCAGGGGAACUGACUGUACACUCAAGAGUCCAUACUGGGGAAAGGCCUUAUCAUUGUGAGCAAUGUGAAAAGACUUUUAAUAGAUUGAUGAGCCUGAAAGUGCACCAGAGAAGUCAUACAGGCGAACGGCCAUAUCUAUGUAAACACUGCCCCAAAUGCUUCUCGACCUCCAAAGGACUAGUGCAACACAUAAGAACCCAUACUGGAGAGAAACCAUACCAGUGUUUUAAGUGCGGCAAAAGAUUUUCCGAAAGGGGAAAUAUGAAAAUACAUCAUCGAUCGUGUAUACAUGAAAAAUAGAUUUUGAUUAAAUAGUUUAAGUUUGUAAUUUAUGUUUCUGUUCUGCGUAUUACGCUAUAUCAUCGUUUUGUAAAAUGAAACCGUAAUGUGCAAAGAUUUUUACUUUAGCCUGAAAUAUAUUCCUCUGUUCUGUGCUGACCAGUGAGAAAAUUGUGGACAAAUACAUGAACAAUUAAAAAGUUGCUAUGGUUA